AUGUCAGCAAUCUGGGUGUGGUGUGCUAUGAUCUUGCAAGAUAAUUCCACUGAGGGCAAAUGGAGGGAGUGCCUUUCCAUUCACAUUGGUCAAGCUGGUGUCCAGAUUGGUGAUGCUUGUUGGGAACUCUACUGCUUGGAACAUGGAAUCCAGCCAGAUGGUGUUAUUCUUGACUGUAAACAGGAUCAGGUGGAAAAUGCUCAAACAGAACAUAAGAAUGCAUCCUUUGAUACCUUCUUUUGUGAGACAAGAGCUGGGAAGCAUGUGCCCAGAGCACUCUUCAUGGACUUAGAACCAACUAUUAUAGAUGGGAUCCGCAUGGGGAAGUACCAUUCACUCUUCCACCCAGAGCAGCUUGUUAGUGGAAAGGAGGAUGCUGCAAACAACUAUGCAAGAGGUCACUAUUCUGUGGGGUCAGAGAUCAUCGAUCUUGUGCUAGAGAGGAUCCGAAAGCUGGCAAAACAGUGCAGUGGACUUCAGGGAUUGUUGAUUUUCCGAAGCUUUGGAGGAGGCACUGGAUCGGGAUUUACAUCGCUCUUAAUGGAGCAACUCUCAUUAGAGUACAGUAAGAAGACUAAAUUGGAGUUCUCUGUAUAUCCAUCCCCUAGAAUUUCCACUGCUAUAGUAGAGCCUUACAACUCCAUCCUUACCACCCACUCCACCAUAGAGCACUCAGACUGUACCUUCAUGGUGGACAAUGAAGCCAUCUAUAACAUCUGCCAUCAAAAACUUGGGGUCGAUCACCCCUCUUAUGGCAGCAUCAAUAGGUUGAUAGGUCAGGUGGUAUCUUCCAUUACUGCGUCCCUUCGGUUUGAAGGACCCUUGAAUGUGGACCUAAUUGAAUUCCAGACCAACCUAGUCCCUUAUCCAAGAAUACAUUUCCCUAUCACAGCCUUUGCCCCCAUAAUCUCUGCUGAGAAAGCCUACUAUGAACAACUCUCUGUGCUUGACAUCACUGCUGCCUGCUUCGAGUUCUCCAACCAGCUGGUGAAAUGUAAUCCUCAGCUUGGGAAGUACAUGGCCUGCUGCCUAUUAUACAGAGGUGAUGUGGUCCCUAAGGAUGUAAAUGCAGCAAUUGCAGCCAUGAAGUCACGGACCUCAGUUCAGUUUGUAGAUUGGUGUCCAACUGGUUUCAAGGUGGGCAUUAACCAUCAACCACCUGCAGUGAUGCCAAGAGGGGAUCUGGCCCGGAUCCAGCGGGCUGUCUGCAUGCUGAGCAACACCACGGCAAUCGUGGAGGCCUGGGCCCGCCUAGACCACAAAUUUGACCUCAUGUAUUCCAAGAAGGCAUUUCUGCACUGGUACAUCACAGAAGGCAUGGAACAAGGGGAGUUCUCAGAAGCCAGGGAAGACUUGGCAGCUCUGGAAAGAGAUUAUGAGGAAGUGGGUCUAAGUUUCUGA